UCAAGAUAAGAAUCUGCUUCCUGAGAUAUGGGCCAUGGGAGUAAGAAAUCCAUGGCGAUGCAGUUUUGAUUCAGAGAGGCCAUCUUAUUUUCUUUGUGCAGAUGUUGGCGAGGACAAAUAUGAAGAAGUUGAUAUGAUCACUAAGGGAGGAAACUAUGGUUGGCAUUACUACGAGGGAACUUUGCCGUUUAAUCCCUCGACUUCUUCUAAAAUAAGCAACUCAACAGCAAAGAUUGCAAAUCCGAUCUUCCCUGUAAUGUGGUACAAUCAUUCAGAAGGAUCAGCAUCAGUAACUGGUGGAUACUUUUAUCGUUCCUCCACUGAUCCAUGCUUGUAUGGAACGUAUCUCUUUGCAGACUUAUACGCCGGAGUCAUUUAUGGAGGGACUGAAACUCCAGUUGGUAGUGGAAACUUCACGAGCUCUCAUAUUCCGCUACAAUGCGCUUCGGAUUCGCCAAUCCCUUGCUCAUCUGAAACAGAGUCCUCUGCUACUUCACCCCCACUACUUGGCUUUGUGUUCUCCUUUGGACAAGACAAUAAUAAAGACGUCUACUUACUUGCAAGCACUGGUAUAUACAGAAUCGUUCGCCCGAGCCGCUGCAAUUUACAUUGCUCUCUUGAAAACACAACGUCUUUACCUCCUUCACAACAGCCUGAUCGUUCUCCACCGUCUCCCUCAUCGUCUAAAAGACUACUUAACAACAUCUGUACUCUUGUUAUAAAUUUCCUAGCUAAUUGGUAUUUUAUUUUGGUUGUAAUGUAGAGAAAAUACAUUUAUUAA